AUGCUGAAGGAUAGGGGCGCUACGCAGCGAAAGUACGGUAACACUCACUUCAGCUGUGUAGCCCCACUGUUGCUGUUCUGCGUGUGUGCCCUUUUCACUAUUUUCCACUCGAUUUUCUGGUUUCGCUUCCUUUUUCUUAUGGGGUUAUUCAGGCUGUGAAAAGAAUGAUUGUUUUCCGUUUUUUCGUUUUUACGUAAAAAUAUCCAGUUCAGCGAUGUAAAAAAAACGGAAAACAAACAUACGCUGAAUAGCCCCAUUAGUUUACGUCGAUUUAGUUUCGUUUUCAUUACAAUAAUUAGUUUUUUAAACUUCUGUUCAUUUAGUUUGAAAGAUAACCGUCCAGUUGUACAAUUUACAGUUAGUUAUUUUAUGUUUUUGUUGAAUUCUCCAUCUACCCGUUUCUUCGUUUUUGUUCAAGGAAUCCAAAUUUUCAGGAACUUGAGGUCAAAAUGUUCAUCCCGAAAAGCCACACCAAGCUCAUUUAUGAGUACCUCUUCAACGAGGGCGUUACUGUCGCCAAGAAGGACUUCAACGCCAAGACGCACCCGAACAUCGAGGGUGUUUCCAACCUCGAAGUCAUCAAGACUUUGAAGGUAUGAUUUCCGGAACAUUGCAAUGUUCGUUUUUCUGCUCUAGAGAAAUAGAAUAUUUAGCUCUGACUACACGUUGUCAUUUUUCAGCCCCAUUCUAAUCCAAAGCAGAGAUGGGCGCCGAUUGGCGGCCGGACGACAACUUUCGAGGGAAAAGUUGCACGUCCGCAAUUUUGCGUGAGGUGCACCAGCGUUAAAUGUUCACACGUGAUUGCGUACUGCAACUUUUCCCUCGAAAAUUUCGAGGGAAAAGUUGCAUUCGACCACACCGCGCCCAUCUCUGAUCCAAAGCGUUUAAACAAUUUCCGCGAUAACAAAUACGAGAGAGGAAAUUUUAAUCACCUCGGUUAUUUGAACGAAUUCCGCUGACCGAUAAUCAGAAUUCAAGUUGAAAUGAGCAUGCGCAUGUCUAAACUGUAAUUAAUGUGACACGUAGCUGCAGCUUCCGAUUGUUUUCAGUCUCUUGCUUCGCGUGAGUUGGUCAAGGAGCAGUUCGCCUGGCGCCACUACUACUGGUAUUUGACCGACGCUGGAAUCGCUCACCUCCGCGAGUACUUGGCUCUUCCGGCUGAGAUUGUUCCAGCUACCAUCAAGACCAAGCCAAGAGAGAUCCGUGUUCCAGCUGAGGAUAGAGCCCCACGUGCCGGUAAUAAUAGUUUUCGGCAAUCUACGAGAAUCUUCUGCGAAAAGCACUAAGAAUAUGGCUCCCGCAGAAGUGAAAAUCUAACUCAGUGAAUUUAGUGCAAAAUGAACGAUUGUCGUUUUUUCAGCUCAAGGCGAAAAGGGUGAUCGUGAAGCCUACAGAACCGAGAAAGUCACUGAGGCCGGACCAGGAGGAGCUGGAGUCUACAGAGCUGGAUUCGGACGUGGUGCCCCACCACCGCAAUAA